AUGGUUGGCUUCCAAGCUUUUGAACGCGCGUGGACUUUGCAGCGUCGUCGCUUGGCCUUUUGUCCUUCCACCUUGCACGACCGACCAUGCCACGUCGCAUCAUGUGCCUUGCGUUUACGCUGUCUUUGCUUCCUUAUCGGGAGACGCAAGGCAGCUCUUGCACCGCGCACCAGCUGGAGUAGAGGGCAGAUGUGCGAGCACUCGGCAUUUUUUUCUUCCCUGCCCGUCCUUCGCACCUCUUUCUUUCUGCUCCACCUCAUCACGAUCGACGCCUAG